AACACCUUUGAACCUAGAUCGUAAUGCAGUGGGAUGUGCGUUGAAGUUAAGCUGAGGACUUGUGCUCUUCACCAAAGAACUAAUCUCCCUCACUCUCUUGUCAGGUGGGAAAAUGUAUCAUAUAAACUCCAUAGCAAAGCAGAUUAAAUAACAACAAAAAAAUUAAUGAAAGCGUAGCACUUUUGCAAAUCGUGGGCACAUCUCUGUUUCUGACAGGCAUCCCUACAAGAUUCCGAAGGCUCUGUAAAAGAAUGCGCGGCUUAUAUCAAUACGUAAUCGGUUGCUAAGUUGCAGUUUACAACGGCGUCUUAACGACCAAGAAAGGCUCUCUACUUAAAAAAAGAAAAGACGUGUUUUUUUUUUCUGUCAACGAAGACUCAUAAUGUCUUGUGGAUUUUCUGAAGUUCAGGAUUCUGACAGUGCUGCUGUCCGGCCAAAGUCUAUGAGUCGAGCAAAGCUGUGGUCAUAUGAGAUUGAAAACCUGUACAGAUUUCAGCAAGCAGGAUACAGGGAUGAGAGUGAAUAUAAGCAAGUUAAGCAAGUAGCUACGGUUGAUAUGUGGCCAGAAACUGGAUUUGUGAAAAAACUACAAAGAAGAGACAAUACUUUCUAUUACUACAACAGACAAAGAGAAUGUGAAGAUAAAGAAGUUCACAAAGUUAAAGUAUAUGCUUACUAACAUUGCAUGACACUUAACUACUGUCUGCGAAUUUGAAGUUUACUUAACUGUGCAUACAAAAAUGGUAAAACUAUUCAGGAAAAUCUGUCUUUCAUUCACUAAGGAAUAUGUCACUGUUUAACUCAGAUCAGAAUAUCCAACGUAAAUUCAAAGCAGUAUGUUUAAAUGUGAAUACAAUAAAUACCUAUUAAGAAUGCUAA